AUGGGGUUUGUUUUUAUAGCCAGACUUGAUUAUUCCUACAAGGUUCUUUCUGACGUCAAAUUGAAGAGUAAAAGAUCUUUUCUUUUAUUAUUGGAUUCAAACCAUCGUCUUUUCGACCUUGAGGGAUCCUCUUCAUCCCAACCAAGUCGGAAAAAGUCUCUGGUCAGACCAGAACGUGCUCGUCUUGACCCAAGCCAUCAAAACUACUAUUAUACCCAAAAGGCUGCUGCCCAGUCGAGCCAUCUCAAUAUUCAACCAUCAACUACUGGUAAUGACCCCCAUUUCCCCCAAAUGAUUCCUCUUAAUGACAUGCGCUCGGACGGGGGGCUUAUUGAAGAGGAAUAUGAAGAUAUCGAUGAUGAUGAUGAUGAUGACAAUGAUGGACAUGAAAAUAGAAAUCUGGCACCAUAUCACAGCACAGAAUCAAAUAGUAGAUACACUGACUAUGAUCCCCAACACCCAGCAAUAACUCCAUCUUCUUCCCAUUAUACCACAAAUACUACAAAUGAAAACCCCUCAAAGAUCCCUCCUAGCACUUCUACUAGAUCUCUUACCCAGUUAAACAAUAACAAUAAUAAUAACAACCAAUAUUAUGAAAACCUUCCUCAAGGUGCACAAGUUGUUGAGGGCCUUAAUGACGAAGCCCCUGGACUUGCUCAACAGCUUAGUAAUACCUCUUCAUCAGCAGGCCGCCGCAGAGAAAUAGAAGGCAUGCCAUAUGUUGAUGAUGAAGACCACAAUGACGAUGAAGCUGCUCAAGAGCCCCUCAAUGACGAAAAAAAAUCACCCAAACAGAGCCGCAGACUCCGAAGAAAACUUCGUAAACAGCAACUCAAACAAGAACAAGGCCCACCUCCCUCCAUCUGGCGCUUCUACUGCGCCGUCGUUACCUUUUGGGCCCCAGCAUUCACCAUGCGUUGGUUUGGCAUGACUACUAAAGAGCGCCAGUGGGCCUGGCGUGAAAAAAUCGGUCUCAUCACUGUCAUUCUCUACAUUGCAACUUUUGUCGCUUACCUUACGUUUGGCUUCACCCAAACGGCCUGCAAAAAUAAUGUUGUCCGCGUUCGCAUCAACGAAGUCAACGAUGGUAACCUCAUCAUUCACGGCCGUGCUUAUGAUCUCACCCGUUCAAAACAUCCUCUCGCAAAGGGUAUCCCAGCAAACUCAAACAUUCUCUAUCCUCCAGUUAAUGCUGGCGGUAUGGACGCUUCUUUUCUCUUUCAAAAUGUCAAUGGCCAUUGCAAGGGCCUCCUGGUCCCCACUGAAAACUCUUCCAUCCCUACCAACGGAGAUGAACUUGCUUGGUACAUGCCCUGCCGUGUUUACUCUCUAGAUGGCUCUACCCAAGCAAACUUCACAGAAGAAUAUUACAAUGGCUGGGCUUGCCACACUUCUGCUGCUUCACGCAAGGCUUACUGGGCAUUAAAAGUCUCGGGUGAAGUCUACUUUUCCUGGGACGAUAUUCGUAACGCUUCUCGUAAUCUUGUUGUUUUCAAUGGUAACGUCAUUGACCUUGAUCUCAUUUCUUGGAUCCAGUCAACAGAUAUUGACGUUCCUAGCCGCUUUUAUGACCUCCAAGAAGACGACACUAUCCGCGGUAUAGAUGUCUCUACAAUGAUGGCCUCUGGCCAAGACCGGCAAAUUCUUCGCUGUCUUAACGACAUUGCCAAGGUUGGCUAUGUCGACGCAGACCAAAUUGGUUGUCUUGCUUCUUCCGUUGUCUUGUAUGUUUCGCUCAUCUUCAUUAUUGGUAUCGUCGCAAUUAAGUUUAUCUUUGCCCUCUAUUUCCGCUGGGUCAUUUCCGGUAGCCAGGGCGCAGAUUACCUAACAAAUAAGGAAAUUACCGAGCGUGACAAUGUGGUAGAAGAUUGGUCAGAUAAUGUUUAUGCUCAAGGCCCUGUCAAAUCUGUCAAAAAACCAUUUCCUGGAGCAGGCCAUAACCAUUCCACCUCUACCGUUGGCAACCGUGCUUCCAUGUUUGGCAGCCGCUCAACUUUUGGUAACAUCACCAUGGCUUCUCAAAUGCCAUCCUCUUCUACUUCCAAGAUUGUUGGAAAUACCUCCCAGUACCUUGACUCUCGCGCUUCUCUUGCCCUUGAUGACCCCUUCCGCAGCUCAUCCAUGCUUGCCAGUCACAAUGGUGCAAGAUCAAUCAUGUCGGCUGAUACAUCUUACCAAGGCAUGACUCCUGAAAACUUCCAAGAGGAAUCCAUCGAUGUCAACUCUCCUGAUUAUGUCGUUCCUCAACCCCCCAUUGACUAUCAACCCUUUGGCUUCCCCUUAGCCCAUACAAUGUGUCUUGUCACUGCAUACUCUGAAUCUGUCGAAGGUUUGCGUACUACCAUUGAUUCCAUUGCUACCACAGACUAUCCCAAUUCCCACAAAAUGAUUCUUGUUAUUUGUGAUGGUCUCAUUAAGGGUUCAGGUAACGAUAUGACCACCCCAGAAAUCUGUCUCUCCAUGAUGAAGGACUUUACUGAACCUCCAGACCAAGUCCAGCCUUACUCCUACGUCUCUGUCGUCAGUGGUGCUAAGCGCCACAAUAUGGCCAAGGUCUAUUCCGGAUUUUACAAGUAUGAUAAUGCUACCGUCGAUCCCUCCAAGCAACAACGUAUCCCCAUGAUUACUGUUGUCAAGUGCGGUACUCCUGCCGAGCAGGGAAGUGCCAAACCCGGUAAUAGAGGUAAGCGCGAUGGUCAAAUCAUCCUCAUGUCCUUUUUGCAGCGUGUUAUGUUUGACGAGCGUAUGACUGAACUUGAUUACGAAUUGUUUAACGGUAUUUGGAAAGUCACGGGUAUCGCGCCAGACUUUUAUGAAAUUGUACUCAUGGUGGAUGCAGACACAAAAGUCUUCCCAGAUUCCCUUACCCAUAUGGUUGCCUGCAUGGUCAAAGACCCUGAAAUCAUGGGUCUUUGUGGUGAAACUAAGAUUUCUAACAAGCGUCAGUCGUGGGUCUCCAUGAUUCAGGUCUUUGAGUAUUACAUUUCCCAUCACCAAGCAAAGGCUUUCGAAUCUGUCUUUGGUGGUGUCACUUGUUUACCUGGUUGUUUCUGUAUGUACCGUAUCAAGGCUCCUAAAGGUGACGAUGGUUACUGGGUUCCUAUCUUGUGUAACCCAGAUAUUGUUGAACGUUACGCUGAAAACGUCGUUGAUACUCUCCACAAGAAGAAUCUGCUGCUCCUUGGUGAGGAUCGUUACCUUACUUCUCUCAUGCUUCGUUGUUUCCCCAAACGUAAACAGAUCUUUGUUCCUAAGGCUGUCUGCAAAACUAUUGUCCCGGAUGAGUUUAAGGUCCUGUUGUCUCAACGUCGUCGUUGGAUUAACUCUACCGUCCAUAACCUCAUGGAACUGGUAUUGGUCCGCGAUCUCUGUGGUGUCUUUUGCAUUUCCAUGCAGUUUGUUGUCUUUAUCGAACUCGUCGGUACCCUUAUUCUCCCUGCUGCUAUCUCUUUCACCCUCUACGUCAUCAUCAUUGCUAUUGUCAAAAAACCUACCCCUGUUAUGUCCCUUAUCUUGCUUGCUCUCGUUUUGGGUCUCCCCGGUGUUUUGAUUAUUGUGACUGCUUCUAGAUGGUCGUAUGUUGUUUGGAUGUUAAUCUACCUGCUUUCUCUCCCCAUUUGGAAUUUUGUUCUUCCUACCUAUGCCUACUGGAAGUUUGAUGACUUUUCUUGGGGUGAUACUCGUACCAUUUCUGGUGGCGAUAAGGGUGGCCACGACGAAGCAUCUGGUGAGUUUGAUUCGAGUCAAAUCAUUAUGAAGCGCUGGCGUGACUUUGAGCAUGAAAAGCAUCGCUUUGCCUACUCAAAUACUGGUGCAGCUUCUACUUAUGCGGCAUCUGUCAAUGGUUUCAAUAACUUUAGCAACCACCCCUAUGGUAACACCGGACCUCUCGCUCCGUCUUUUGCUCCGGCGGCUUAUAACAAUAUGGCUUCACAAAGUCAAACAGUGGUGCAACCACCUACUGCCCAAUGGCUUAACACUCAUGGCGACCCGGGUAUUUCCACAGACUCGCGGACGUCAUCGCCAAGAUUGUACCCGGCCACGUCAAUUCCACGUUCGACUUCGUACAACCAAACGCCUCCUCCACACUCGGGUGGUCUUCCUAUGACACAAUCCGAGACGCAGCUUUCGGUGGUAUCGUCGGUGCAGAACCAGCAGCCUCAGCGGCCGGACAAUAUGUUUUAA